CUUAACCAACACGCACGUUACAUCCUGCGCUGCCCCUGGCAGCCAGGUAGUGUCGCUGUUCCGCCAGUGGCAGCUUUUUACCCCAGCAGUGUCAUCCAUGCGUUUAGCCUAUUUCAAGGUAUUGUAACGUGUUGGUUGCACGGUGAUGCGCGGAUUGUUCUUCCAAGCGAUGCAGCAGGAACUCCGGAGACAGAGCACAGUGGGGGGCUCAAGGCAUCCGGAGUUAUUCCAGGGGUCUCGCUGCUCCCCAUCCCAGUGGCUUAACCUGGCUGAUAAGCUACAGACGGACCUGCAAUGUGCUGCCAUUCAAUCAGUCGGGAUGAGGUCCAGGUCUAUGGAAAUGCAGGAUUUAGCCAGUCCUCACAGCCGAGUAAGUGGAAGCAGUGAAUCUCCAAAUGGUGCCAGCCUUGACAACUCCCACAUCAACAACAAUUCCAUGACACCCAAUGGCACUGAAGGUGACAGCCUCACAAUGCUUACCACAGCAGACUGGUUGUUAGGUUGUAACUCGCAGUCCGCCGCAGUUAAAAGCGAGCCAAUGAGCAGCAGCGAAAUAGUGGCCUCGGUACCAGACACCUCUCUGGACAGCUUCUCCGGAUCAGCUAUUGGGAGCAGUGGCUUCAGCCCAAGACAAACCCACCAGUUCUCUCCACAGAUUUACCCUUCCAACAGGACAUAUCCGCAUAUUCUUCCAACUCCUUCAUCCCAAAAUAUGGCGGCGUACGGGCAGACGCAGUACACCACAGGAAUGCAGCAGGCCGCAGCGUAUGCUAGCUACCCCCAACCUGGACAGCCUUACGGCAUCCCGGCUUAUGGUCCAUUGUGGACAGGCAUCAAGACGGAAGGUGGCCUCAGCCAGUCCCAGUCGCCGGGGCAGACCGGUUUCCUCAGCUACAGUUCCCAGUUUAGCACGCCACAGACGGGGCAGGCGCCUUACAGCUACCAGAUGCAAGGUGGUACUUUCACAACAACGUCAGGGUUGUACCCCGGAAACAACUCUUUAACGAACUCUGCGGGCUUCAACAGCACGCAACAGGAGUACCCGAGCUACCCAGCCUUCGGCCAGGGUCAGUACGCGCAGUAUUACAAUAGCUCGCCCUAUACUUCGCCCUACAUGACGAGUAACAACACCAGUCCCAGCACGCCCUCCACCACCACCACCUACACCCUCCAGGAGCCUCCUUCCGCCAUCACCAGUCAGGCCCUCACAGAGAACCCUCCAGGAGAGUACAGUACCAUCCACAGUCCAUCAACCCCCAUUAAAGAUUCAGAUUCGGAUCGAUUGCGCCGGGCCUCGGAUGGAAAGUCACGUGGCCGAGGGAGAAGGAACAACAACCCAUCACCGCCGCCCGACUCCGACCUUGAGCGAGUAUUCAUCUGGGACCUGGACGAAACAAUCAUCGUUUUCCAUUCCUUGCUCACGGGUUCUUACGCCAACAGAUAUGGACGGGAUCCACCGUCGUCAGUCUCAUUAGGACUACGGAUGGAAGAGAUGAUCUUUAACUUGGCCGACACGCAUUUAUUCUUCAACGACUUAGAGGAAUGUGACCAGGUACAUAUUGACGACGUCUCGUCUGACGACAACGGUCAGGAUCUAAGUACAUACAACUUUGGCGCAGACGGCUUCCACGCGGCGGCGACGAGCGCCAACCUCUGCCUGGCCACAGGUGUGAGGGGAGGAGUGGACUGGAUGAGAAAGCUGGCGUUCCGUUACAGACGAGUGAAAGAAAUCUACACCACCUACAAAAAUAACGUCGGAGGUCUCCUGGGACCGGCCAAGAGGGAAGCCUGGUUGCAAUUGCGAGCAGAAAUUGAAGCCUUGACGGACUCCUGGUUAACACUGGCACUGAAAGCACUAACAUUAAUCCACUCAAGGUCGAAUUGUGUGAACAUCCUGGUCACCACCACGCAGCUCAUCCCCGCCCUGGCCAAGGUCCUGCUCUACGGGCUGGGCAUUGUCUUUCCUAUCGAAAAUAUUUAUAGCGCUACCAAAAUAGGUAAGGAGAGCUGCUUCGAGAGAGUCGUUCAAAGAUUCGGGAGGAAAGUUGUUUACAUUGUGGUCGGGGACGGCGUGGAAGAGGAGCAAGGCUCAAAAAAGCACAACAUGCCCUUCUGGAGGAUCUCCAGCCAUUCAGACCUCAUGGCCCUCCACCACGCUCUGGACCUGGAGUACUUGUAGCGCCGGCCGCCUCAUCGCCUGAAAACAACAACAAAGUUGCUGCGCUCCAGUUUAUUUCCGGAAUCCAUCCCAUCGCCGCUUGCUGGCAGACUUGUACCCUCCCCGAUGGUUCCAAGGGGAGGAAGGCGGCGUCUCGUCUUCCCAGGAAGAGGAACAAUCAAUGUGCGGACCCUCCGGUCUCACUUUGUCUUAACGCUUUUUGUGAGAGGUGCCUUCUCCAGCCAUGUUACUGUGAAGGACACCUGUGAGGACCACUUGCCAGUUUCUUAUUUAUGGACUUUGUGGGAAGGAACCUCCUCAGCAACAAGACUUUCCCAGCUGGAGGACUAAUGACGGCUUUUCUAAUAAUUUAAGACUUUAUUAACAACCCUGAGACAAUCGUGUACAGAGGAUUUUUUUUUUUUUUUUUUUGUGCGUGUGUAAAAAAGUUUGUAAUCACUGGACUAUUUCUUCCUUCCUUAUAUCCAUGUGCUCUUCUUGAACCGUGGCUUUUUUUAUGGAACCAAAAAAAAAAAAAGCUCGCAAAGUGUUGAUGUGUUCGAGGUUGUUCAGUAAAAAAAAAAAAAAAAAUGUAGAUAAUGGA